GCCACCACGCCAUCCAGGAUCCAAAGGAAUCUACUCUGCCUGCUCUACGCGUUCGUCACCCCAAAUUGCUCUGCUUCCUGCUCUGUAUUCCGUCUUGAGUUCUGAUCGUUUUGGGUUCGACCCCUCCUGAGAAUCGAGAUGGUCCACCACCAUCGGGCGAGCCUGCUGGUGCACCAGCAGCGGAAGGUCGAGGUGGCGGCAGAGGACCCGCUGCAGGCGGAGGGAGGAGGCGGAGGCGGCGGCGGCGGCAGGAUGAAGGAGCUCCGGGGCCGCCUGGCGGACUACGCCUGCCACCACCGGAAGCACGGCCACGACGCGCUGCUCCGCAUGCUCGCUGGUUUCGCGCUCGUAUCCUGCCUCCUGCUGCUGCUCCCAGGCAGCCCCAUAUCCGCCGCCAUGGACGAGCUGCUGCAGCUCGGUAGGAGGACGCGGCCCGACGAGGAGGCGGCGGCGCUGUGCGCUGACGUCGCCAAUGGCACCGUCUGCUGCGACCGCUCCGCGCUCCGCACCGACGUCUGUGUCAUGCGCGGGGACGUCCGCACCCAGGCCGCCUCCAACUCGCUCUUCCUGCUCCUGCGGCCAAACUCGUCCCGGGCCGCUGCCGCCGAAGAGCGCAUCCGGCCAUACACGCGCAAGUGGGAGUCCAGCAUCAUGAGCACCAUCGACGAGCUUCGCCUCCGCUCCGCGCCCGACAGGGACGCCGCCGCGCCGGCCCACUGCGACGUCUGCCACGACGUCCCCGCCGUCGUCUUCUCAACCGGCGGCUACACCGGCAACGUGUACCACGAGUUCAACGACGGUAUCAUCCCGCUCUACAUCACCACGCGACACUACAACAAGAAGGUGGUCUUCGUCAUGGUCGAGUACCACGACUGGUGGAUGACCAAGUACGGCCACAUCGUUGAGCAGCUCUCCGACUACCCGCCCAUCGAUUUCGCCAACGACCGCCGCACGCACUGCUUCCCGGAGGCCGUCGUUGGUCUGCGCAUCCACGAUGAGCUCGCCAUCGACGCCGCGCGGAUGCCAGCCAACCAGACAAUCCAGGAUUUCCGACAGAUGCUCGACGACGCUCACCGUGGCCGCAUCCAGACAAUCAUCGAGGAAGAGGAGAAGGAAGCUGCUGCUGCGGCGGCGACAGUACCGAGGAAACAGCAACUGCGUGGCGGCAGGAGGAGUCAGCGCACCAAGACGGCCGAGGGUGACAAGCCACGGCUCGUGAUCGUCUCCCGGAAUGGGUCGCGUGCGAUCGAGAAUGAGGCCGAGCUGGUGCGCGCCGCGGAGGGCGCCGGGUUCCGCGUCGCCAAACUCCAGCCACGCCAGGACACGGAGCUCGCCAAGAUUUACCGCGCCCUGAACGCGUCGGACGUCAUGUUGGGCGUGCACGGCGCAGCCAUGACCCACUUUCUGUUCAUGCGCCCCGGCUCCGUGUUUAUCCAGGUGGUGCCGCUCGGCACCGACUGGGCCGCCGAGACGUACUACGGCGAGCCGGCGCGGCGGCUGGGUCUGCGCUAUAUGCCGUACAAGAUCCUGCCGUCCGAGAGCUCGCUCUGCGGGCAGUACGCCAAGGACGACCCGGUCCUGACCGACCCGGACAUCGUGAACGCCAAGGGGUGGCAGGUCACCAAGCAGGUUUACCUGGAUGGCCAGAACGUUCGGCUGGACAUGGCCCGGUUCCGCCGCCAGCUGCGCCAGGCGUAUGCCCACUUGGCGGCGAAGAGGCAGCCCCACCGGGCGGAUUCAGGGACGGGACCGAGGAGACUAUCAUAACGUGAGUGUUUGAGGAUGAUCUUUGAAACAAUUUUUUCGCUUUGUUGACAUGAUAAAUGUUGUAUAGAAUACAUACAGAGGGUGAUUGCUGCGGCGUAUCAGGAGUGCCGUUUUUUCUGCCGUUUGUACAUGGAAAAAGAUAGACACGAUUUUUGUUGAAUAGACCAUUCUUUUUUUUCAAUUUUAUAACUCUUUUAUAUGGAUAUUUUAUACUCCCUUGUUUU